AUAAAACCUCCUGUUUUUGAUGACUAUUUUCAAGACACUUCAAAUGAGUUUUGCCAUUUACAGUAUUUAGAUUUAAGUAUGGCAAUGAUUCCUAUAAAAGAAUUAUCAUAUCUUCUUGCAGUGUGCAACAAAUUAAAAAAACUUAGUUUGGAAAAUUGCCCUUUGGAUGAGGAUUGUUGCAGUUACAUAGCACAGAAUAAUGACCUUAAAGUUUUAAACAUGGCAAUGUGUAGUGGUCUCACUCCAGAAGGGCUUUAUGAAAUAAGCAUAUCUUGUGUGAAGUUAAGGGAAUGGAAUUUGGCAUGGACUAACCUUGGUAGCAUGUAUUUUGGUGCUUUUGUAGAUUUUAUUCCUAAGUCAUUGACGAGGCUUAACUUAAGUGGACAGAGAGAAUCAUUAUUUGAUCAAGUUUUAUUUAUUUAUUUAGCUCUGAUUGCUGUCAUAAAACGAUGUUCAGAUUUAAUAGAGCUUGAUAUUAGUGACUGCCUGAUGUUAAGUCGUGUUUCAUUUGAAGAACUGAUAAAAAAUUGCCCUAAAUUAGAGCAUUUGCAUAUGAGUCGUGCUAGCAACAUUCCUACAGAAUGCCUUAAGUUAUUGAAAGGUAUGAAAAAUUUCAAAAAUUUAGAAAUCUUCAAAACAUUGCCUGAGGAAUCACUUGCUUCAUUACGUGAAUACUUACCCAAUGUCAAAGUAAAUGACAAUCUGUUUUCAACUAUUGCCAGACCAACAGUUGGUAUACGAAGAACUAGCAUCUGGGGAUUCAGAGUUCGAGACUGAGGUCUCCCUCUAUGGAAGUGGCAAUAAUACUAUUUGCUCAUGAUUUCAAAUGCAAAUUAUAUAAUUAUUGUGAAGGAUACUGUCAUACUUGUUCACAAUCAUUAUGUUUAAUAACUGCCAUUUUUACUGUGAUAGCAUUUCAUGCUACCUGUUUAUUCUCAAGUCACUCCUUUUGCUGCUUCUGUGUUUAAAUGGAAGAUAUUCAGAAUUUUUUGUUAGAUGAACCAGAAGUUUUUCUCAAACUUCCUGUUGAUGAUUUUAAGUUAUAUUUUAAUUAAUCUUCAUGCAUAAGAAUGAAAGAUUGUGUGUGUUAUUUAAUAUGUAUGAAUGUACAGAAUACUUCAGCAGGCUUAUAUAUUCUUUUCUACUUACAUUUGCUAAUAUUUUUUUCACUUUCAUGUCUAACGAAGUAAAGUGUACAUUACUACACUCAGAAGUAUAAGAAUAUUUUUGAUAGUACUGAUAAGAAUGUUAGAGAUAUGGCCAUACUAUGUGUUAUUUAUAUUUUGUUUGAAAUAUGUUGUAACAUUUUAUCCUAUUCUGUUAUAUCAUAAUACAUAUCAUGUUCCAGGAAGAGCUUUAUGUAAAUGUGCCUUAAGUGUUCAGAUGAUCACACUUGCAAGCAUUUUUAUUAAAUAUGUUGACACUGCCAUUUAUAUUACAUAUUGACAAAUGCUCUGUUUUGCGUAAAUCAAAUAACUAUUUACUCAGUAGAAAAAUAGAUGGAUUUGUAAUUUUUUAUAUGAACUUCUAUUUAAAUGUGUUGUUUCUAUAUAACAAUAUAGUCUAAUUCCUAUAUUUGUUAUUUUGAUAAAAAAAAAAAAAAAAAAGGUCUGGAGGUAUUUUUUCUCCUCCAAAAUGUAAGUAAAAAGAAUGAAUGAAUUUCGUUCUUUAAAUUCAGACUAAGGAAAGGUCAAAUGCAUGAGUUUAGGAAUAAUAAGUAAUUUACCAUGAAAGGAGUAAAAUGUUAGUUUUGCAGUUAAGUUUGUUAUUUUCACCUUACAUGAAUUUUCUUUUUUAAAUGGCAUCUGCUCUACAUUUUUAAGCAAGUUUAAAAAAGCAUAAUUUUGAAUUUAUUUUUGUAACAUGAAAGAUAAUUUUUUUGCAUAAAAACAAUUUGAGAAGUAAGUUAAAAGUAUUUUGGCAAAAAUAUAUUUAAGGGUGACCGUUGGUGAUGUUUGGCGGUACAUGGACACCGAGUUUGUGCAAUUCUUUGACUUGUUAUUUUAACUUUGUGUAGCAAUGACGUUUGUGCCAGAAAACGCCUUUACACAAACCCAAAAUAACAAGUUAAAGAAUUGUACAAACUCGGUAUCCAUGUAUACAUCAACCUAUUUUCACUUUAAAAAGCAUCACAGAAUUGCACAAAUUAGACAUUAUGAAAUCCCUUGACUUUGUCCAUGUAC